UUUCAUUAGCAUCUUCUCUAUUUUUAUUAGUCACGGGAUACCGUGGAUAUGAUGUGUAAUAAUUUCACCAAAGAUAUCUCAUAGGCUGUUUUCAAAAAUUUCUUAAAUUUUAACGAGUUUUCAAUUUUAUACUUAUUAGAAGUAAAAUUUUGGGAACUUUUUACGUCUGAAAAGUUAUUUCUUAAUCGCGACGAUUACUAAACUUUCCCUCCUUGAGCUUCUCUGUUAAGACAAAUAACUCGCGCUUCUUCAAUUGUUGCAGGGACUCUUUCGUCCUUUCUUUUUCUCACCAUUUUCUCUUGAUAAGUUCGAAGACCUUUCGUCUUAGUCGCUCGCAAGAGAAAGGAAAGUAAUUACAGAUAGGAAAUUGCUUGAGGAAAAUGAGCUUUCUAUUGGGUCCUAUGAUGGAUUGACGUUUAAAUCAGAAAUAAUUAUUUGUCGCUUAGAUGGUGAAUAAAUUUGCUUCGCUCAGGCUGCAGAGUUACGAAAUUUUUGUUACUUGGAACCUUUAGAAUCUUUCUUAACUCGUUGUUUUAAGUUUUUAAUUCGUCAUAUAAUACAGAUCUUUGAUUUUUCUAAAAAGGAUUCUUUGAGAUAAAUUGGUAAUCAAUUAAUUUACACAACCGCUUUUGUUUUGAACAAUUUUCUUUUUUAUCGAAUAGUCUUUCAGAAAGGAUCAACAAAACUUCUAGUAGAUUCCACUUCCAUACCUCAAUUCAAUUUAUUAACACUUUUGAUUCAGACAUCAAUUUUAAAUACGGUUACACCGCUUAAUACGUAUUAAUGGAAUAUUAAACGAAGAAGAAAAAGAAGAAAAAAAAAAAGUUUGUAAAAUAUAUCGCGUAGAAUAGAUCGGUGAACGCUGUUUUAUACUCGUCGAGAACGAUGCAUUCAGUCGACGCGCAUUCGACACCGCUUCGUUUUUUCCUCGUGUUACAAUUCGAUGUAUAACUUCUCGAUGAAAAACUUGAGACAUUCACAAGCUAUCGCGGACACAAUUGUAUCGUGUGACCAAACAUGCAUUGAAUGCGCCGAUGGUAGGGAUUUCUGCAGUAUAUAAAUGAAGUGUUCCCGUUCGAUUGUUCGUCUGUUUCGCGAGAUUCAACUAAAACUUGCAUCGGUUUCAACCAACGAAACGUCGUCGAACCGCAAUGGAUCGUUUCCUGCUCUUCGUCCUGUUGUUCACCGUUCUGCCGUUCACAAUUCAAGAAGUUGUCGAAGAGGGUGCCUGCAAAUGCGCCGUGUUUUCCAGGCAAAUACCAAAAUCAAUCAUUGAACGCGCUCUUCUAUAUAACGUCACGUGCGAUGGCGAAGGGGAGGAGAAGUGUCAACAAUUGUGCGUUGCUCUGGCUGAGAGCGCGAGAGACAAAGCGCCGCAGAUGAUUUGCGAGAAGUUAAAUACACACGUGGAGAAUCUUCACGUGGCGGUGUACGCGAGAGUGUGUAACGCGACCAGCUGGAAAUUCACUGGUUUGAAAGCUGCAGAUCCAAUUUGUUGCCACGAGGGGAAGAAUAUAGCCUGCGAGGAACCACUGCCGAUCAUCGAUAGCCACCAGCUACGCAACACGACGUGCAAACACCACCUUAGAGCCCUUAAACCAGCUUAAUCCUCUACAUGCCUUUCACGCCUCCUUAAUGUCGCUUCAACUCGCACGCUACGGUUGUUGGCCCAUGUGUGGUUCUCUCCACGCUCCGGAUGCUCAAUUAUGCCAUGUUACCGGAUAGUAACAACCACGUUUAACAAGCGAAUAUUUUUGACAGUAUCUUUGGUGAUCAAAAUUUCCAUCGGCGAAGGUAAAUGGAGGAUAGUAGAGCGGCUAAGUGUAGGCAAAGUUGUUCCUGAGUUUCUAAGUUCUUCUGGUUAAUAUAACGUGUAAUGUGGAAGCUCUUGAACCGCCGGAGCGGUUGUUACAAGACGAUGCAAUCACGUAAGGGAAACUGGGACAAGCUGACAAGUAUUCCAGUUUUUAAUUUUAGCAAUUAUUUAGAAGGUCGAAUUAAUUACUUACUUUACUUCGGUAUCCCCAAUUCUGUAAUUCCAAAAGAAUAUUCUAACAGAUAUUCUGAGAGAAACUUUGAGAAAGAAAUGUACAAAGCAAGUUGGAAAAUGUUUAUUUGGUGAUAUUAAAAUGCUACACUGCUGGGGAGCC